AUGACUUCUGUUACUCUUGCGAAUGAUGAAAAGGCAUUGCAAAAAUAUCGGGAUGCUGCUAAAAAAACUAAUGACCCAAAUGUUCAAGUUGAUUAUGCUAAAUUUCUUAUUAAUAUGAUAGAAUGUCAGGAUACAUCUUACGGGAAUAAAAACACAGAACAAGAAAAAUAUAAUAAAUUGGUUGAAGAAGCAUCUUAUUGGAUUAAUUUAUUGGCGAAGAAAGAUAAUGCUGAAGCUAUGUAUAUAAAGGGUACCUGGUAUGAAUAUGGUAAAUUUGGCAAGGAGAUUAAACUUGAUAAAGCUUUUAGAUUAUAUUUAUCUUCUUCUAAACAUGAUAAUUCAAAAGCAAUUUAUAAAGUUGCUGAACACUAUGAAAAGAAUAAAGAUACUAGGCGAGCAUUACAAUUCUAUAAGAAGGCUGCUUCACAAGGAGAUGUAUCUGCUUUAUACCGACUUUCUCUAGUUUAUUUGCUCGGUGAAUUAAAAACGGAACCUGAAUAUAGUCAAGCUUUGAUAUAUUUGAAAUCAGCUGCAGCAAAAGCAAAUGAGGAAUGUCCCGAUGGUGCUUAUGUAUAUGGAAUGAUAUUAGCUAAAGAGUGGGAUGUUUUAAUACCAGAUCAAGUUGUCGCACCAGAUGAUCGGGAAGCUAAGGAGUACAUUCAAAAAGCUGCUAAUUUAGGUCACAUUAAGGCAUUGUACAAAAUGGGUCAUUGUUAUGAGUAUGCUAAUUUAGGAUGUCAAUUUGAUCCAAUAUUUUCUGUUUCAUAUUAUAAACGAGCAGCAGAAAAGGGUGAUGCUGAAGCAGAUAUGGCAUUAAGUAAAUGGUAUUUAUGUGGCGCUGAAGGUUACUUUGAUCAAAAUGAAGCAUUAGCAUACGAACAUGCUGAGAGAGCUGCAAAUAAAGGUUUAGCUGCAGCAGAAUUUGCUAUGGGUUAUUUCCAUGAAGUUGGAAUUCACGUACCUGUUAAUUUCACGCAAGCUAACAUUUGGUACAUGAAGGUAAGAAAAUAA